AUGGACGUCAAGAACGAUGUCGAGGCUGCCAAGCCUAGCUUUGCUGAUAGUGAUUCAGACUUGCCCGCGGCCAUCACAGAGAAGCGCCGUAUCACAUAUGCCGACGACGAGAUAUGUGAGGUCGGCCUCCCACUUCGUCACACAAAGUCAAGUCAAUCAAUACGGUCCCUGCAUAGUGCUAAUGGUCGACGCUCCAUUGACCCCUACGUCGCUCUUCCAAUCCAGUACCGAACCCUCAGCUACAAUAUCGAAGACAGUCAGCGCCAGGUCGAGGAAAGGAAGGCCAAGAGUGCUAAGGACAAGACCGUUGACGAGCUCAUCGACGUCGAUUGGCAUAUACUUUCUGAAUCAGAAACCUGCAAGAAACUGCUCACAGAUCCCGCUUAUGGAUUGUCUGACUAUCAAAUCCAGUCAGCACGAUCUCUUUAUGGCAAGAAUGUUCCAUCACCACCACCAAGUCGACUUCUACAGAAGAUUUUCUGGUAUAUGUUUGGUGGAUUCGGCACCAUCUUGUUGAUUGGCGGCAUUCUGGUCUUCAUCGCUUGGAAACCUUUAGGCGAGCCAAAUCCUGCACAAGCAAAUCUGGCCCUUGCUAUUGUCCUCCUCGUCGUCUUCGUCAUUCAAGCUCUUUUCAAUGCUUGGCAAGAUUUUUCAAGUUCUCGUGUUAUGAAAAGCAUCACAAGCAUGUUGCCAGAAGAAUGCCACGUCCUGAGAAAUGGCAUAAACAACACGAUACAAGCCUCAGAACUCGUUCCUGGAGAUAUUUUAUCCUUCAAGGCUGGAAGUAAGUUGUCAGCGGAUGUACGUUUCGUUGAAAUUACCUCCGAUGCCAAAUUCGACCGCAGUAUCUUGACUGGCGAGUCUGCUCCGCUCGCCGCAGUCACCGAGGCGACAGACCAAAACUACCUGGAAACCAGGAAUGUUGGUUUCGCUGGCACACAUUGUACAUCUGGAGGCGGUAGGGGUAUCGUGGUCUCAAUUGGAGAUAAGACCGUGUUCGGCCAGAUCGCACAAUUGAGUAGCAGAGAACCUACAGGACGUACACCUUUGCAGAAAGAGAUCAUCCGUUUUGUGAUCAUCAUCGUCAGCCUCAUGGUCACAAUGAACAUAAUAGUCAUUGACGUCUGGGCUGGCUAUAUCCGGACUGCAUACCCCAACUACAUGCCGCCUACUCUGCUCAUCGUCAACAUCGUUUCAGUCGCUAUCGCUUUCGUUCCAGAGGGCCUACCCAUUGCACUGACGGCCUCGCUAACGAUUACUGCCAACAUCAUGCGAAAGAACAACAUUCUCUGCAAAUCCUUGAAGACGGUUGAGACUCUCGGAGCAGUCUCCGUGCUCCUCUCCGACAAAACAGGAACUCUGACCAAGAACCAGAUGACUGUAACAGAAGUCCUAAUUGGCCUUACCCAGAAGGCCACAGACGAUGUUCGACGGGACCGCGUAGAGGGUCAGUCGAUGAGAGAAUCCAUUGAUCAGCUGCGAGUCGUGGCAGCAAUCAACAACGCUGGUGACUUCGAUCCUACUACCAUGCAGCUCCCAGUCCCACAGAGAAAGGUCAUCGCCGACGCCACAGACGCAGCGAUAUUACGCUUCUCAGAGACUAUUGUACCCGUGGCUGAAUCACGUAGACUCUGGCGUAAGCGUUUCGAGUUACCUUUCAAUUCGAAGAAUAAGUUUGCUCUGCGCGUGCAUUCAGUCAACAACGUACUAGCCACCAGGACUACUCUUAGCAGUGACGAUAAAUCAAAAUUCGACACGAUCACCGAUCUUCUCAUGACCAUUAAAGGUGCUCCUGACGUGCUUCUACCUCGAUGCACAUCGUACGUUGGUGAAGAUGGAGAGGUACACGAUCUUUCGGAUGGCGUCAAUGCUACCGUCGCAAGCGUGAAAGAUGAGUGGUCGGGCCAGGGAAAGCGAGUUCUCUUGCUGGCCCGAAAAAUCCUCCAGAGAUCAUCUCUGGUUUACGACACGGCAGAUGGCGAGUUUGAAGCUGAGGCGCUUCGACAUGCAUCCUCAGACCUUGUGUUUGUUGGUUUGGUCGGCAUUGUCGAUCCCCCUCGAGAUGAAAUACCAAGUGUUGUCAGUACGCUGCGACGUGCCGGAAUUCGAGUCUGUAUGGUCACUGGCGACUUCAAGCUCACUGCUCAAGCGAUCGCACGCUCGUGUGGUAUCAUUACAGUUCCUGACAGCCAGGUUCACGAUAUUGCCGCUCUGCCACGAGCUCUCACCUCUUCUCGCGAAAACCUUUCAUCCAGCACUCAACGCGAAGCCAUUGUCCUAUCUGGUCCGGAGCUCAUCACCUUAAACGAUGUACAGUGGUCGAUCCUUACCACGUACACCUCCAUCGUCUUUGCACGUACAACGCCUGACCAGAAAUUACGUAUUGUCAAGGAAUUCAAGAGACGCGACAACAACGUGGUAGCAAUGACUGGCGAUGGUGUGAAUGACGCUCCGUCUCUCAAGGAAGCGGAUAUAGGUAUCGCACCAGGCACUGCAAGCGAUAUCGCCCUUGAAGCUGCUGACAUGGUGCUGAUGGACAGCUUCUCCGCCAUAAUCGAAGCUGUACUCUAUGGUCGCACCGUCUUCGACAACCUGCGCAAAACAAUCGCCUACCUCCUGCCUGCCGGUUCAUUCUCUGAGUUCUGGCCCGUCAUGACCAGCGUAAUCUUCGGUCUGCCUCAAAUCCUGAGCUCUUUCCUCAUGAUAAUUAUUUGCUGCUUCACCGAUUGCGCAGCCGCAAUCACCCUGGCUUUCGAAAAGCCAGAAGCCGACGUCCUCCUACUGCCACCACGAAACAUCAAGAAAGACCGCCUAGUCGAUGGGAAACUCCUCCUCCAAUCCUUUGGCUUCAUCGGCAUGAUCGAGUGCACCGCCUCCUUCGCCAUGUCUUUCUGGUACCUAGAGCGCAAAGGCGUUCCUUUCUCAGCCCUCUGGUUCAGCUACGGCGACUACUCCGCCGUUCCAAACAUGACUUCCGACGAAAUCACUGCCAGACUCAACACCGCAUCCUCAAUCUACUUUGUCAACCUCGUCGUCCUACAGUGGUUCACUCUAUUCGCACUGAGAACACGCAGAUUAUCAAUCUUCCAACACCCGCCACUCUUCAACCGCAAGACACAGAACUGGUACUUAUUCCCAGCGAUUCUGUUCGCGCUAGUGGUGAUCUUCAUCUUCUGCUAUAUCCCGGAUGUGCAGAGGGUUAUCGCUAGUGCCGAGGUGCCGGUUGAGCAUUGGUUGUUGCCAAUGGCGUUUGGACUGGGAGUGUUGUGCUUGGAUGAGGUGAGGAAGUGUGGUGUCAGGAGGUGGCCGAGGGGCGUGCUGGCUAGGAUUGCGUGGUGA